UUCCAGCAUCCCCACACGACACAGGACUCUCAGGCGACACAGUGGCAUUCCGUGUGUGUCUGUGAGGGAGUGAUCAUUAGACAUGACCAUUAGAAACACUCUCCGCGACCAUGGACAGAGGUAUCGACCACGCAUGGCUUGUAUCAAGAAGGCAGAGAAGGUGCUGCUGGAGAUGCAGGACCCGAAAACAGGAGUUAAGUCACAGCCCCAGAGGCUGGUUAUAACAACAAUACCCCAUGCUAUUACUGGUGAAGACAUCAUUACAUGGUUAGCGGACAGAUUCCAAGUAGACACACAAGAGGCGAGGAGUUUUGGCUCCAUGCUGGUGGCGUUAGGAUACAUCUACCCUCUACAAGACCACAAACGCUUAGUGAUCAAACCAGACGUAUCUCUCUAUCGCUUCCAGACACCGUACUUCUGGCCCACACAGCAGUGGCCUGUUGAGGAUACAGAUUAUGCAAUCUACCUGGCAAAAAGAAACAUACGCAAGAAAGGAAUCCUGGAGCUGCACGAGCAGGAGCACUAUAACCGUCUUCACAAGUGGAUGAAUCACAAAUGGGAUUUCAUAGUGAUGCAAGCUAAAGAACAGUACAGGGCCGCGAAGGAGAGGAAGAAACCGGACCGUGUGGUGUUUGACUGCCAGGAGCGAGCCUACUGGGUGGUUCACAGACCUCCGCCAGGGACAGUGAGCGCCAUGGACUAUGGACUGGAUCGACUAAUAGAUCCAAACGCAGACGAGGCCAAAACACCCGACUUCUACGAGAGAAUCAUGAUCUUUACCCAGCAGGCCAUCAUGAGGCCCAGAGUGAAGUCAUCGGUGUCCAUUAGCGCAUUGGUGAAGUACUGCGCCACCUAUAGAAGCCACGACCCUUUCCUCUCCAAGUGUCUCCCCAGCAACCCCUGGCUCACUGAUGACGCCACGUACUGGACCUUGAACAUGCCCAAUGUGGAAAUACCAACUAAAAUGCGCGUGGAGAGGUGGACUUUCAGCUUCGCAGAGCUGCUCUCAGACCCUCGAGGACGAGAUGAUUUCAGACUCUUCCUGAAGAAAGAAUUCAGCGGUGAGAACUUGGCAUUCUGGGAGGGCUGCGAAGAUCUGAAGUGGGGCGAAGCUGCGACGAUGAGAGAGAAAGCAGAGCACAUCUACAAGACAUUCCUGGCACGCGGUGCACCGCGGUGGAUCAACAUCGACGGAAAGACGAUGGAAAUCACGGUGAAGGGCCUGAAACACCCGCACAGAUACGUCCUGGAUGCAGCCCAAACUCACAUCUACAUGCUCAUGAAGAAGGACUCGUACGGGCGAUACCAGAAAUCUCCGGUGUUUAAGGACACGCUGAAGAAGGCCAUCUGUCCUGAAGAGCACCAGUUCAGUGACGCCCAGUUGGUGCAGAAUGCAAAGAAGAAGCGGCCCAGUCUCAGCCCCAUCAUCCUCCGGCAGAUGGAGCAGGAGCAGAGGGCCAAGAUGGCCGCCAACGUUGACAUCACACAGCUGUGCCGCUUCACCACUCCCGUCCCCCACCUCGCCGUCUACUCCGGCCUCACCGACUUCCCCACCGCCAACGCCUCACCCUCUCUCCCCUUCCUGGCCCACACCCCGGCUUGUCCGUCCCCCAUCAGCGUGGCCUUAGAGAGCACCUCGACCUCUGAGCGGCGAGCGGAGGCCAGUGGGGGAGAAGGCGAGGGGGACCCUGCGGCCCGAGCACCGGUCGGUGGGAAUGUGUCCAAGUCUCGCAUGGCUCUGUCCCUGCGUCGUCUGCUGAAGCGCGGCUGCACCCCCGCCUCCAUGUUCGCCAGCUUGUCGCCCAAAUGCCACUCAGCUACCGGGACGAGUAGCCGCAUUCAGCCAAUCAGCCCAGAUCAACCUAGUCAGGCUCCACCCAGACGGAUUGGCAACUUUUUCCAGAUUAAAGUGGAUAUUCCUCCAGAGUGCCGAAUCUACCCGAUAGAGUCUGAGGACGAGGACGAGGAGAGCAGGGCUGCCUCUCGUGGAGGAGUGGGAGCCAAAGAGAUCAUCUGUCCCUGGGAGAGUCUCACUCCACAGAACGGGACGGGCUAAUCGGCUGCAUUUACACAGGUAUUAAAAAAUAGAAGAAAUAAUGGGACUUUUAUAAUCCGUCUAUGUCUGAGCAGGAGGAUUUUAGAAGAGCACACACAGACAUGAAGGGGUAAAAUCCCUGUGUAACUGUGUUUUAUAUAUUCACCACAAAGGCCACAAACGACAACACAGAUACCAAACAACAUGGCACAAAACGGUCAAUCGGGGACUCUGACUGUUUAGACUGAGCAUGGACUUUCUGUGUCCAAGUUUUAACUCCUUAUAGGAAACCUACGGUAUGUUUAGAGCGUCUAACACACAUUGACUGUAGGCCUGAAAGUCCCCAGUCACAUGUCGGCUGCAGCAUAAUCCUCUUCCCCACUGUCCACGCUCAUUAUUUUUAAAAAAACAACCAUAGUUUUUCCAAAAUAUGGCGAAAUACAGUGUUUUCACAGCUGUGAGGAUUGAGUCUUAAGUGCACCAGUGCGAGACCCUUCCCCUCUGAGAAAAGAUUAACUACAGCCAUCAAAGAAGGCUGUAAAGUUUUUUUUUGUAAUAUUUUCUUUACAUUCGGUUUGUUUUUGGCUUCUUCACAGUCAGGAUUAUAACUCUGGUAGAAAACUCCCCUCUGUGAGUGAUUGGUAUAUAAUUUAAACAGAGACGACAUGAUGUUAGUGCCCUGUGGCAUUGCAGCUGUGUUUACCGACAUCGCAAGUUGUGUUCAACCAUAUUUUUUCCCCCCAACGAACCUGCACCUUACAAGCCAACAGGCAGCCAUGUGUUUGAUACUCGAAACAUAUGCUUUGAGCAUUCCUCUAACUACAGCCUUAUUGACGCUAACCCUUACAGAUGUGAGCACCAGCUGAGCCAGCUGUUUAGGUUGGAUGUUUAGUUUUGGGAGGACCAUGAGGACAACAGGGUGUACGAACAUGAGCAAGAGCUUUGAAAACUUGAGCUGUAUAGCUUUUGCGUUCAAACCUCAUUCUGUAUCUAUUCAGGCACAGUAGCCCGACAGCAGCCUUAUCCACCUUCGCACACCUGAAAUAUUUUGUGUUUUCUGGCCUCAGAAGGUUUUACAUAGCAGGCAUGUACACAGACAUUCAGGGCCUCAAGAUGACAACAAAAUAAAUAAAAGAAAGUAUAUAAACUGUUACUUUUGUGAAGUUAAUAUACAUUAAUGUUUACAUCCUAUAGAGUGAUAUGCCAAAGCAGAAAGACAUAUUUGGACUGUGCAUAUGCCUGCUAAAAAUAUAAUGUAUUUAUAUAUUUAUUAAAUAAUGAUCAGAAGUAGAGAAGUGUUUUUGUGAUGCUGAAUAGACUUAGAUGCCUCAUCCGCAAUUUACUUACCUCUUACACACAUUAUGUGGAAAAUAGUUGCAGGUAAAACGAGAGCACAUGAACAGCUUGUCUGCAUGUCGCUUUGUUGCUGAUCCGCUCCCGACAGACUUUUACGAAUGAAGAGUUGUGACAGUAACGGGGAGUCGGUCAAUUGUUUUUGUAUUUAGCUCCACUGCAGUUUUGUAGCUGUCGUACGCGGUGUACUACUCUGAGUGAGGCGUUGAUAUUGUUCUCGCACUUCUCUCCAUCGUGGGUGGAUGGGGGAACGGUUCAAUGUGAAUUAACUGUCGGAAUGUAUUCUCUUUACCAUGUUUACAGAUACAAGAAUGUGAAAAAUACUUUUCAUUUGUUGUAUUUGAUUUGUACAUUCCAUGGCUUGUGUCAAGUGCCUCAAUAAAUGACUGUCUUAAGAAAAA